AUGCGUUUCUUUCUUCUUUUAUCAACAGCCAUUGCCUCUGUGCUCGCUAUACCCUCAGCAAGUCUCGUAGCUGAAAAACCUCAAUCAACAGCUUGGAAAAAUAUUAAAGUCGCUCUUCCAGACGGCGCCUUUUUCGAUGACAGAGCUGCUCAAAGGGAACCUGCUUUGAUGGCUGUGGAAGAACCCACCAUCGAUGAUAGUGACCUUGGUUACAAAAAUUUACAAUUCACAAAUCAUAUUAAAAUCACCCUUUUGCCACCUUCCGAACAAGACGAAUUAAACGAGAUUAAUGAUGCUGUUCAUGCCGAAAAGGAUUUUGAAGUGGUGCAAGCCUCUAAUCCUACUAGACGAUACAAGAAAUUCAAUGAGAAUGGCGAGUCACCAGUAAUCAGAAGUGUGGAACCCAGUGGAGUUCAUCAAAAGAAAGUGGUUGGCAUGGAUUUAAAUGGCCAAAUGAAAUACCUUGAAAUUCCCUACUACAAUAGAGCUACUAUAAUCCAAAAGAAAUAG